GCGGGCUGCAGCUUUUAGUCCGAACAUUCCGAAGUCCGAAGUCUGUCGCGAACUCGUCUUUCAGAGGUUAUCGUCACCGUGCCACGGAGGUACAACACGCUAUACAGUCCGCGCCGAAUCGCCAGUCGCCAACUACACGACAGUCAACGAUACCCGUCGGAGGAGGGCAAGAAUUCUUUUCGUUCGAUAUCUUUCUCUUCUCCCAACCACCUCGUCCGCGUUUUUCCGUCGCACGCAACGCAGCCGGUGCACCGUCAAACGGAGCACACAUUUAUCUGGUUACCUUUGGCCGGCACACCAUGGGCAACUCCGAUCUACAACAAUUUCUUGAAAAAGGUUUACAAUUAAGAAAUCCACCUAGUCCAAAACUUGUAGUUUCUGGAAAUAUGAGUCAACAAAAAACUACAACUGGUUCUCCAAAGAGCCCUAAGUCUCCUGAUGAUAAUUCAAAAUCUGAUAGUGCUUCAUCAAGCCCAUCUAAAUCUGGAUGUUCUCCAUCUUCAACUAAGUCAAGCCCAGGAAGUAUUAAAUCUCCUAAUCUUGCUGAACGACUUGCUCAAUCAAAAAAUAAGGCUAAAGUUAAUCAAUUGUUGAGGAGCCCGGUAUCUAAAUCAUCAACUACAAGUCCCACUGCUUUAGUUUCUCCUAAAACUGAAGUAACCAAAGAAUCUAAUGACAACAAAUCUGAUGGACUAGAGAAAAGUAAAGUUUAUAAUGGUUCUUUUGAUAUUAAAAUUGAAAAUACUAAACUUUCCAAUGAAAAACAUUCAGUUAUAGUUGAAAAUGGAACAAACGAGUCAAAUGAAGAAGUUAAAAAUGAUGUUACUGUAGAGUUAAAUGAGAUAGAAAUAAAAGAUACUAUCUCGAAUGAAGUAAAAGAAAAUGAAACUGAAAAAUGUAAUUCAAAUGAAACUGAAAAAUGCGUUCCAAAUGAUAGUUGUGCAUUAGAUGAAGGCUUAGAAAAAAAACCAGUUCGCAUUGAUGAUAGUAUCAUAUUGGAACAGACAUCCAAGAAAGAUAUUCGUCAAAAAGUUUGGGAAUUUAUGGAAGAAAACUUGCUAGUUAUAUUUCCAAAACCAUGCUUUAAUCGUAUACCAAAUUUCAAAGGAUGUAAUAAUGUUUCUCUAAUGUUAGAGAAGUUGGAUGAAUUUAAAAAAGCUAAGACCAUCCAAGUCACUCCUGAUAAAGCUCAAGAGACAGCUCGUUUUCUGACAUUGAAUUGGGGCAAGAGAUUAUUAGUUCCAUUGCUUCGUUUGAAGGAAGGACUCUUGCAAAAUGUGUCUUUGCCAUUUGCUGAACCAUCAGCAAAAAUGCUGAGAUCAGCUAGUACUCAAAAAGGACUUCGUAAAUGGGGAAAUAAAUUAAUAACUUUGGAUCAAAAUAAUGAUGUUCAUAUAGAUAUGAUUAUUCUGGGAUCUGUUGCUGUUGAUAAAAAAGGUCGCAGAAUUGGCAUUGGAAAUGGAUUUUGUGAUUUAGAAUUUGUCAUCUUAAGUUCUAUGAAUAUGGUAACUGACAAUACUGUAGUAGUUACUAUUGUACAUGAUGUACAGGUAUUUGACUCUCUUCCAAAUGAUAUUUUCAAGCCUUAUGAUGUACCUGUAGACAUUAUUAUUACAUCCAAUGAAAUUAUUAGAGUGGAAAAUCGUCUAGAUCGUCCUAAGGAUGUAUUUUGGAAUUACAUUUCUAAGCGAAGAUUAUUAGAAAUGCCACCAUUGCAAUUAUUACGUACUAAACAAGAACAAAAUGCAGAAUUUGAUUGUACUCUCAAAGAUGUGGACAGUGAACCUGAAGAAAUACCUCCUUCUCCAAGAACUUAUAAAAAAUCCAAAGGAUAUCGUCAAAAGCGUUACUCUACUAGAUCUGAAACAAAUGACUCAGUAUUUAAAGAUAAUGAAGUAUCAAAACAUCGGCCUUCUAAGUCUUCAUCAGCAUCUGUUUCUAAAAAUACAAAUUCUAAAAUUAAACAUAAACGUGCUAAAUCUACUUCCAGCCAAAAACACCGCAGUAGUUCAAUUGAAAAACGUACUAAUCAAAAUGAUAAGAGAGAACUCCGUUCAUCUUCAAAAAAACCUAAUAAACGUCGUACUAAAUCAGAGUCGGCUAAAACUGUGACAUCUCCAGUAACAUUAACUGAGUCUAAAAGUUGUAAUGAUGUACAAGCUGAUUCACCAUCCAUUGAUACUCCUAAAAAUAAACAACGUCGACCUCGUCCAAAGCAGUCACGCAAACGUAUUAAUUCAGAUGAUAUUGAUAAGCAAUCCAUCAAUCAAUCUAAUAGUAAUAGUAAAUAUAAUUCUCGUAGUAAUUCUCGUGCUACUAGACGUGAUUAUAUUGAUCGUCAAGAUCUUGGUCGUGAAAUGUCUAUUGGACGUAAGUCUCAAAGAAAUUAUUUACCUAGUCCAAAAAAAUACUAUUCACAAAAUUAUCGUCAAAACAGCUAUUCUCAAGAACGAUCAUCUUAUGGAAGCAUAAGGUCAAAUAGUAGAACUCAAUAUCGUGACUCUAAUAGGUCAGCGAUUAUGCAACAAAACAGAUAUUCAAAUGGUCCAACUGUCCGUCCUACUAGAUAUUUUAAUGGUCCCAUGGUACGCCAUGAUAGCUAUAAUGGACCAGAUCUCCGUCAAAAUAACGGAAUCAAUCAUCAUGGUAUUCGCCACAACAGUUACUCUAAUGAUCCAUUGUCUCGUCAAAAUAGUUUCUACGAUGGAAUAAUUUCUCGCCGUAACAGCUUUUCCAAAGGUUCAGCAAUUCGUCAAGAUAAUUACACCAGCUCUAGAGUUUUCCGUCCACCACAUUAUCGUAUUGGAAUAGCAUCGCAGACUGAUGAGAGAGACUAUAUACAACAAUCAAGACCUCAUUUCAACAAUAACAACAAUCGUAUUGGAUACUUCAACUCAAAUGAAAAACCAAAUUAUUCAAGAUCUUCUAGUGGUGACGAGUUUGUGCUUAAAGUUGGAAAUAUUGCAAAUAAUGUUAGAGUGCGUGAUUUAAAAGCUGCUUUAAUGGAACGUGGAGUUAAACCACUGCAUAUUACAUGGAGAGGUCCUAGAGGUUUUGCAUAUUUACGUUACAGUAAUUCUUCUGAUCUGGAUAAAGAUAAUGUCAUUGGAUCAUUACAAAAUGUGCGUAUUAAGCCAAAUGGUGUUGAAACUGCUCAAACUCAAACACUUAUUGUUACUGAAUGCCAAUUUUCUUAAGUACCAUUUUGACUUUCCAUUGAUUAAUUUACUUUUAAAAAAAAAAAAAAACUUUCAUUCUUAUUUUAAAUCUU